CAGGAGUGCAGAAAACUGAAUAGCGCCACCUAAAGGACGGAAGUGUAAAUGAGGCUUUUUCAGAGCCACUACGGAUAUUUGUUAAAUUCAUGCUACUGGUGUCUACUCAUUAUCGAUAUAUAACCAUAUUCAACUUCCAUUUCAAUCGCUGAAUCGACAUUCUGAGAUAAAUCAUCGUAUAAUUUGCAACGAACUGCGUCGUUUUAAUUGUUGGACUGCGACUACUAGCGAUGUCAAAAGGAACUGCACGCAGGACGCAAGAUGGACACGAGCUUCUGACUUUCUGUUUCUUUUUCGUUUCGCAUUUGCUCGCGCGAGCUACUCUCUUCUAGAUACCGCUGUGUCCCUCGAGCAGACGGCGCGCGCUGUCGAAUGAAUCGGAAUCCCGGUCAGAAUUCGAAUUCCGAUAAAAACAGUUCUUCAGAACGAUUCGCUGGCAGCCAUUCUUUCCCACAGCCCAACGUUUGCUUGUCUUUAUGUGGAUUCGCUUCCUGGUUGCAACACACAGUCACACAGCCCAAUUCAAGUCCUCCAAAACGCAGUUCAGCUUGAGAGACCAGUCGUCGAGCAUAAUAUUUGUCCUUACAGCUUUAAAUAAACAUUUCAUUAAUGUUUUACGGAAAAGGCGGUAUCUUUUUAUUCGUUUAAGUGGAAUGUCGUGAGCCGCCGAGGAUUAGAAAUAUCUAAUAUAUCGAGUGCAAAGCGAAAAGCUGGGAUCUAUGCCUCGUCUUCAUGGAGAAUGUGACUACUCGAUCAACAGAAGGUCUUCUGCAGCCUGUGCAUCCAGGCUCAGUAACCUUUAACGAGAGUAUUCUAGCCCCACUUCAUAACAACUAUUUGUAUGAAGAAUCAAAAGAAUGUUUCACAUACAAUUCUGCCCAUUUGAUCAACAAUGGCGCUUUACAAAAACGGUAUGCUGCCUUUCGUUCCGAGAAACGGGAAAAAGGAUAUUCUGAAAAGGAACUUGAAGAGUCAUUUGGCUUCCUGUUGUUUGAUGAUGCAAACAGGGCAAGGAAAAUUGGCAAAACAGGCUUGUUGGUUGGACAAACAAAAUGCACUACUCUUGGAGACUCCUCGAAAGGUGUCUAUAUCUCAAAAUACUCGGACUGCCUUGACCUGAAGCGCUGGUACGAUGGGAAGACAGGGUACAUAGUCCUUAUGAAGCUGACCAAGGGGAGAGUGAAAGAGGUUACAGACAACUACACCCAGAAUUUCACUCCUCCGACAGCUGGCUACGACUGCCACAUAUCAGAUCAGCUUUGUGCUGUGUCUUCAACUACUAGUUCUUUCUUGGCUUAUGAGCGAACACAGUACUACAUGUAUGAACUCCGUGAUGGAAGCAAUGAAAUAGACACAUGUCCAAGACAUGCUUGUCCGUAUGCCAUUGUGGCAUUCUCAUAUGGGAAGAUGAGCACCACGCCGGAGUUGGAGCAAAAAAGCCAAGACAAAACAGUGUUUCAUUACCAACCAUGGAUUGGCCAGUUCAAGAUUGAAUCUACUAUCUAUGAUGUUGGUCUUCAGUCUUCGAGCGGAGCCUGGUUCCCAGCCAAACUCCCAAAGACAGUUGAAAUUGACCAUGCAAUUUGUGUGUCUGAACUGAAGAGGACCUUGCCACGCGAAAUCUUUGAAACUUGCAUUGUGGGUGAAGUUUGCAUAGAUGGCAGAUGUUUCAACUUGUAUGACGUUGUGUCCUCUAAGGCGAAAAAUGACCUGGCUCAGAUAGCCCAAGAGCUGAAGGAAAAAGACAUGGCUCUUGUUAUCCCUCUGGAAGAUUCUGGGUUUCUUAUACUGUUACACUCUUCGCACCUCUUCUCUUAUGAAGAUGCAAAGUCUGGUAAGGCAGCAGCACUUCAAGGCAUGUUUAUUUUCCCAGACUCAAGAACUGUGCCAAGAGAUGCCAAGUGUGACCUGCAAAAUACUAAGGUGUCAACAGAAAUAAUGCAAGUAAUCCCAGCGCUCAACUAUGCAGAAACCGAGAUGGAAAAAUGUCCUCCAAACCAGCAGGGGCACUCCCAGGUGUCUUUAGAGAAGCAUUUGCAAGACUAUGGCACUCUUUUUCACCCAGGGCUAUUGGAUGUUCCAACCAGGGAAGCCAGUAUGUUUCCAGAUCAAUAUGAUGUGCCUGGUGGUUUUACCUUAAUAUCACCUAAAUGGUCAAAGGAGGCUGGCACUCGCUUAAAAUCCUAUUUUGAUGAGCCAUGUGGCUUUACUAUUCCAGUAGGGAGGGCAUUGGAGUUACUCACUGCUGGUCGACAACAGCGUGGUGAUGAUCAUGACGAUGAUGUCUAUUACUGUAUAUCAUCACCGGAGGAGGUGCCACAGACUGAUGGCCACAUUGAAAUGGAGGAGACAAAGCAAUCUGAGGCCAUCAGUGAUGCUUCUGACAGAAUAGCUGAAACAGUUAAGAGACAAAAAGAUGAGCAAAAGCAUUUGUCCACAGAGCAGCCUCAGCCUGCUUUGCCAGUUACAGUAGGUGACAGUGUGUUGGAAUAUCCAACUUCCACAGUGUCACCCAAACUGGGUGAUGUCCCUGCAAAGAAUUGCGUAAGUAUUGAGAAUGAUGUUGAGAAAACAUCUCAAGGUAGUAUUAGAGGAGAUGCUGAUGGAGUCGGCGUAUCUACAAAAGAGACUCCCAUCCAAACUAGCAGUACACCAUUAAUCAAAUCAACAGAAGAAGGUGCUGCUGGGGGUAUUCAGGAUAAUACACAUCCUGAGAAAACAUUACCUGAUCCUGAUAAGAAAGUAAAUCGGCGGUCCUUUUCAAGGCUUAGAGGUAGCAGGCGUAGAACUCAUUGGAAAACCAUGAAGAAUAAAAAAGAAGUUAAAAAAAACAUUGCUUUACCAUCUUCAAGUUUGCCUGUCGUUUUGCCAGUGAAUUCUCCCGAUGAAUCUACGAAAGGCCAGAUUAAGACUGAAACCUUUCAUCCUGAUGACAUCAAUCAAAAAACCCAUUCAACUCGUAGGGGCAAGGGACGCAGGAAAAGGGGUGUGAAUCGAAAUCUUAUUAAAGCCAGACAAGUACAAGGCCCUUUAUUAAGUGUGUCAACUGAAACUAUAGAUGAUCAAAGUCCCUCAAAAAGAGAUUGGCGGUCACAUCCAAGGCGUAAAAGAUUGUGGAAUACAGAUGCCAAUCUGAAACGGUCUUUAAGAUCAUAUGCUGUAAAGAAUGAUGAGACUAAAGUAAAUAUACAGCACAAUGAAACAAAACAAAGUUUGUCUAGCACACCCAAGAGGAAGAUGGAGGGAUUUAAUCUAAGGGAACGAUAUGGCCUAAAGACCAUAAUUACAAACUGUGGUAGAGUCUUUGUCCCACAUGGUUCAGAUGCUGACAUAGAAUCUGCACAAAAGGAGAAAACGCAUGUUGAGAUGAGCAUUGACACUGAUACAGAAAUGAUUUCUCCUCUGGAAAACAAAUCCAAAGAAAAAGUGGAUAGUAAGGGAGAAUCUCCCUUGAAGGGUAAGGAAGAAUUGCCCUCUAAAGAUCCACUGGUCAAUUACGAAGAAGGCUCAGACAGCACUUCUAAAGACAUGCCAAGUGCUCUCUUGUCAGCAUUAAGGAUUUUGAGAAAACUUCACAAAACCCAUCCAUCAGAAAGUGACAGAAGUCAGGAUGUAUGUCCAGAAAAGUCCAUGUAUUCUCCAUUAAACGUGGCUGUUGGUGUCCAAAAAAAUAUAAAAGAUCAUCCUGUUGCUGUUCAAGCAAAUGCAACUUCCAGUAUUCCUGGAGUUUCUGACCAAUCCAUGUCCCUGGACCCAAAAGUAUCCUCUCCUGACAAAAUCAAAAAGAAAGCAAAACAUGUGUACAGUGCAAUAUCUAUAAGCAAAUUGAAGACGGUGCUCAGACGGGGAAAGAGGGUGAAAUCUCCUUCCCCUGGUGACAAUGCAAAAUCUGAGUCGGAUAACGCAGGGCCAGAGUCAAAAAAAGGAAAACUGAACACCAUCGUGGAUCGAAAGUGUAAUACUGCCCAAAAUGAGCUGACAGACAAAGGAUCACAGCCCAUAAAUGAUGAGGCACAGCACACGCCAAUAAAAAGUGUGGAGUUGACAAAACAACCUGUGUCUUGGAGAGGUCUUAUUCACAAAGCAUCAAAAGAAAAUGGGUCCCUCAAUUUUGACACAUCAGCACCUUUUGAAAUAGCUAAACGCGCUGACCCGCAGCUCAUUUCUUCACUUAUUGGGGAUGGGGUGGGAAACAGACGAAUUAGCACUGAUGGCAAAGCCAGUGCACAGAGACUGAGCACGGGUGCUUCUCUGCCCUCAGAUGCUUUGAGUUUACUGGCUGACUUGGCCCUUGGUGCAAGUAACGAUAAAAUGUUAAAAAACUUAGAAGCCAAAGCUGGCCAGGAGGCCCUUGAUGGAGUGAAGGCUAGCGGCUCCCCGGAGUCAGUCCUUCAUGCACUUCUUCGUUAUCCAUCUGCCAGAUUUAAAUUACCCCCCAGGUCUCCUUUCCCAGAAGGUCUUUUAGUGACUGGGGAACUGAUUUUGGAAAUAUCAAAAGAACAUUCUUACUCACAGCCCACCUCUCCGCUGUCAGGUUUGUCAGGUCCAUCUCUCAAGGUUUCUUUUCCAUCCGGAAGUGUAGAAUCGCCUCUGUCAUUGAAAACUGGGCUUCAUCUGAGCCUACCCAAAGAUGCUGUGGCCUCAUGUCAUCAAGAGGAAGGGGGUAAAGCAGAAUGGAAGCAUUUGAUUUCUCCAAAUAAGCCAUUGUCUGAGAUCCUCAAGACAAAACCGCGAAGAUCAAGAAUUUUACGCAACAGAAGCAUAAUCGAAAAGGAGGGAAUGAUUCAUGUGACGAAGAUUUGGAAAGAACCUUAUGAUUUUAAAUUUGACAGCAAGUUCACCAAUGACAGUAAAGACAAAACUGUCACACGAGCACUUCAUGGGAAAUGGAACUUCAACAUUGAAGAUACCUAUGAGGAUGUCCAUCUUAUUUUUCACAUGUGGAUUGGUCUUUUCUAUAGUAAGGCCACGUCCAGGUUAUUUCACCUUGAAAACUGCACUGCAUUUCCAAAGGAGAAGACGGUUGAAAUGGUUCAUUUGGACAUAAACGCUAUUCAGAAUGCUGUGUCAUUGCUCAAUGUUGAUUUGAGCCAGAAAGAGGACUCGGCCAAGCCUGUGCAUAUUUCAUCAGAAGUUUUGGAUCUUUCUGUGAAAAAUGAUGAGCCUGCAAAUUUUAAUUUAGUCUCAGAUCAGAGCUCAAAAAAAGGCACUACAUCACAAUCUCAUAAGCAUGAAACGGCACCUAGGCAUUCACCUUCUGGGACAAGUCUCUCCUCCAGUCCGAAAGUUACAGCAUUGGUGAAUUAUAGAAAUCUUGUACCAGUGGAAAGUUCAGUCCCUGACAAUGAUGAUGACAAUGAUGAUGACACUGAUGAUGAAAAUGACGUCACCACGGACUGCUCAUAUUCACAGCACUUGGAGAAAAACAGUGCAUACAACCAGUUGUGUGAGCAAGCAUCAAAUAUGAGAAUAGGUGUUCGAAUACUUCAACCAAAGGUCAGAAAUGCUACAAAUAAUAAAGCAUCCACCAGCAUGGCCACUUCUGGUCCCCAUAAAAUUGGUGUUUUCCAUCAAAUUCUUGGUCCCAUAAAACCAUCAGCAUUCUCAAAACAACACCGGCUUAUUUUGGGUAGGAAAAGUUUUGAUCUGGGUUUAAAGAAUCAAACUGGGCAUGUACCACAUGUAAUACUGCAAAAGGAGAAAGUGUCUGACAGUGCAGAAAGUAAAGAGAUUUUUGAAGCAAAGACAGAAAGAAACAAAGAUGGUUCCCUAGAAGCUCUGGUUAAUGAAAAUGCUGACAAGACUGUUGAACUUAAAACUGGAGCAUCCGUUUUGGUGGAGGAAGAGAGUGUAUCUGUAGCUGAAGAGAGUAAAGUUGUAUUAGAUGAAGAUAACCGGGAUAGAUGUCUGACAAUGAUGGAAGAUGGAAGCGUUGAAGAAAACAUGACUUCCGAAAUGCCUAGCCAAGAUCAGACUAGUCAUGCAGAGCAUAAAGGGACUGUUCAUGUAAUGGAAGAUCUUAAAAGUACACUAGAUCUGAAAGAUCAUGCAAACAUGGUUGAUGAGCCGAGAGCUGAUUCAUCGCAUGAGACUACUGUUGAAGGGCAUAAUGAGACUCCUCUUAUAAUGGAAGAACCUAAACCUGUACUAGAUGACACAAGUCUAGUUGACCAUGCUGAUGAGCUAAGUGAUAUUUCAUCAGAUGAGACAAGAGCUGAAGAGCUUACUGAGACUUCUAAUACAACUGAAAAACUUAAGACUGUGCAUGAUUUGAAAGAUCACUCAAAUAUGGCUGAUGCGCUGAAAAAUGCUUUAUCGGAAGAGACUAAUAUUGAAGAGUGUAAUGAGUUUUCUAAUGCAAAAGAAGAGCUUAUUCUGAAAGAUCCAUCAAAUGUUGUUGAAGCAUCAUACCAUGAAACUGAAGGUAACAACACUAAAGAGCCCGUGAAAGUGAAAGAAAGUUAUACAGGUGAGGAAAUGAUGCAAGAAAAUGAGAUAAAAUCAAAAGAAGAGUCAGACCUGGUUGGCAGUGAUACUGAACAUGAGACGUCCACAGCAACGGAGGAAUAUCUAGAUGACUUUACUUUGGUUUUGGAGGAUGAUAUGGAAUUCAGUGAUGAGGAUUCUGAAACCAAGCUACAGAAGGAAGUUAAUGAACAAAAUGCCUCCACUGAGAAAUCCUCUGUCUUCAACGAUGAUGACCAUGACAUGAAGCUGCAGAAGAGUGAAAAACAACCUCAGACACCAGAGGAGGCAAACCUUGUAGAUUGUGCCCUUGAAGAAUUUAGAAAAGAUUCACUUCUAGGUGCAGAUCAGCUCAUAUCUGUUCAAGAGAAACGCACCCUAGCUGCUAAUGAUCCUACUGAUGGAAUGCAUGAUGAGGGUGAAACCAAGACUACUGAGCAGAGUAUAGUGGUCCAACAAGAGGCUCUUGAUGUUUGUCACGAGUCAAAACCAACAAGUACUGUUGAACUCACAAAAAUAGAUAUUAGUCAUUUAGAAAAAAAUGGCGAAAGCGAUUUAGGCCAACAAAAUGCAUUUCAAGUCACUGGUGAGGAUGAUACACUUUUUGAUGUGAAUGAAACACAAAGUCAAGAUUCUUGUGAAGAUCAAAUGAUCGACUCAAACCAAGAACGUCUGUCCCUAAAAAUCUUUGCAUCACCCCCAAAUACCAUGACUGAAUCUCAUGAUGAAGCCGUUACUCUAAUUGACAAACCCUCAGAAGUGGAGGUAAACAGCAUGCUCUCUACUCCCACUCAAGAUGAAAUUCCAUGUUAUCCAGAGGUAAACAAAAGAUUCAGGAAAGAGGAUUUGAAUAGGGACUUGUACUACCAAGACAACACUGAUCACGCUGACAUGAUGCCACCUAAAAGUCCAGUAAGCCUUCAACCCCAUGUUUCUACCACAAAGACAUUAUAUGACUUUACAGGGCAUUAUGAAGAAAUCCACAAUGACAACCUAAGAUGGAGUAGGAACAAAUACACUGGCACAGUGGAUCUUAAAGAUAAAUCUGCAACAACUACUGAGCAUUCACCCAAUGAAGACUCUUUUUCAUUAAAGCACAAACUCUAUCCCACCUCCCAACAAAAGGACGACUGUAACUUCAUAGAGGGUGCAUCUCAAAAUGAUUCUGAACUCUAUUACAUAGAUGAUUUACAUGGAUAUUACCACAGAUCUUAUGAAGACAUACCAUGGUAUGAUUUCCAAACAGAGGAAUCCAUUGAUCACCAGUUUUACUCAUGUGGAAAUGACUCUGGUGGUGACAAUGAUUCACCCAUUUGUUCCAAGUACAUUACAUCUGAACGCAACUAUUCUUACAAGCACAAAAAGCAUGCAAAGACAGAGAGGGAUGACCACUGUUGGGCAGGAAAGAAUUAUAAAUCGGACACUCUUUCUUUCAAAUACCCAAUAAAGGUUACUUGUAAUGCAGACUAUGAGACAGAAGUAGCCCGAAGUCCAAAAAAGAAGUCUCGAAAAAGAAAAUUAUGUCAAAAUGCUGAGCUGGAUGAUGAUUCUUCUGACAACAUACCAAAAAAAUUGUAUUUGGAAAGGUAUCAAACAAAGCCAACUAGGUCAUUCACAGUUAGUUCCAUGUCGCAUGUUAAGCCAAGCACGCAUCAAUUUGACUGGCGCAGGUAUUUCAGAAGGGAGGUGACUUGCAGUCAGCUAUUAGAUGCGAGUGAGAGGGAUAACAAAUUUGACAUUCCACCCUCAUCCAUUGUUACAAUUUUAGAUGGGAAAGGAAACCGUGUUAUAUUUAAUAACUCUCCCACCAUGAAACCAUCUUUCGAUGGAAGUAGUUUGACUAAGGGACUGGAAGACUCUUUUAAUGAAUGGCAGGAACAACAAAGUAAGGCUGACGUGACCCGGUCUGCACUUGAUUGCGAGUACCUCAUCUUCUCUCAAAGAAUUAAUCGGGUUCUCACUGAAACUAAGAGCUCUACCACGUCACACUGUAGGUCAAAUCCUGACCCGGCUUCAUGUCCCAUGACUGUCCAGUUUUCAAAUCUCAGUGAAGUAGAGAGUUCCCCUGAACUUUGUAAAGCACAACUAUCACUUACCGAUUUUAAGAUUAAAGUGGACAUGUCCGAUAGGAAAGAGAUGAGGGAAACAGUGAGAAACCACAAACCACAUCUCCAAAGACUUUUCUGUGAAAAAGGCAGUGCUGUUGAGUUCUCCGGAAUAUCAGAAAUAACAGAGCAAUGCGCUGUUGCAUACAAGUCCAUGAUGAACGAUGUCUGCAGCGGGAAGUCUCUGCCUCGUCCAACUGAGCCAAGAAAGAGGAAGUUUGAUCGGGAUAGAGUUGACCGUUAUUCUGGAUUCUGUGGUCGCAUGAAGAAAGAUGUUUUGGACAGUCCAAAGUUUAUUGUGAGUCAAGCUAAGAUUAAGUACAGGUUUUAUAUCCUUGUCACAUCAACAGAUCCCUUCUUUGAAGAAACCAAGAACCUUUUGGAGAUUGAAGGCCACAGACCGGUUGAGCCAGACGAGUUUGACCUCAAUGGUGAUAAUCAGUCCCCUUUGCUCAUUAUACUGAGAAAUGAGGACAUUGCAGAGCACACAUGUAAGGUGCCUUAUUUGCUGGAAUUAAAGAAGUCACCCAGUGUCCAGUUUGCUGGCAUCGACCGACCCGAUGAUGUGGUGAACUGCACUCACCAAGAGCUUUUUGCUAAGGGAGGCUUUAUAGCAUGUGAUGAAUUGGCUCUCGACACACUUACUCUAGGUGACAUGAAAAAAGUUAUUGGGAUUCUGGAAGAGUUAGACAAGCAAGGGAAAUGGAAAUGGUUUCUGCACUACAGAGACAGUCGCAGACUUCGGGAAAAUGCAAGGUCCAGUCCUGAAGCAAGUAAGAAACAGCAGUUUCUAGAUUGCUGUCAGAAAGCUGGCAUAGUCGAGGUCUUGCCCUAUCAUAACUGUGAUGUCAUGUCACGGGACCGACCCGACUAUCUCUCUUGUUUGACUCGACUUCAGAUCCAAAACGCCUCAGUUCGGUUUCCUGUGUUUAUUACAGACACACCAAGUGAAUCCUUUGGAACAAAUGGAAUUUUAACAAUGAACAUUUACACAUUCUCACGGAUCCUUUCAAACGAUACAUGUUCAGUGUCAUAAAUCCGUGUGUUUUUUUUUUGUUUAGUUUUUUACCAAAAUCCAAUGUCUUACCAUUGGUAAGUACACCUCUGUUAAUAGAAAUAAUUUAUUGUUUAGCAUAAAUGUUAAAGCAUUUAUCUUUGUCACUAAUGUGUAAUUGCUUAACAUUUAUCAAUUUUCCACUUUACAGUUCAUAAUACAACGUAAAUGUACAAAUAUUGGUCAUGAAAAUGUUUUAGUAUGUUUUUACUAGACGUUGUUUUUUUAUAAAUGAAAUUUGACUGAAACUCUAAUAAAUGAAAUGAUUUAA